AUAAAGCGACCAGCAGCUGCAGGCUUAGAACAGGACGGUCGGCUGUCCGUCCGUCGCCAGUACCUCUAUUCACUCGUAAAUUCUUUUCACUUAUAAAUAGUGCGAUUGUCGGAUAGUGUAUUUUGUGUGAAUACUAUUAAUACUAUUAUAGGCUUAGUGCGAUUACGACAAACAUCCUCGUGUGCCGCCGCCGCGUCGCUCAUGUGCGUUCAAAGUUUAAAAAAAUUAAAUUACUUAUAUAAUUUAAUAUUAACAAUAAUCAUGUCACGGAUCACUAUUUAAUAUUUAUUAAUGUUUUCCAUCGUUUCGAUUAUCUCGUCUGAGCUACCGUCUUUAUAUUUUAUGGCCACAUCGCUUGGUCUAAUGUUUAUCUUCUAUUAAAUAGGUACGUCGACUUUGUCCAUUCAUUUUUAGCUGAUCAGGUGACUACAACCUCAGAAUAUUACAACUUACUGCCGGCACUUCAGAAAAUCAUAUUAUUAUUAGUGUACAAGAAAAAAUUUUCAUAUUCGUCACCAUGGCCAAAAUUAAAAGUGAUUCUGAAGACAUGAAUGUUUCUAAACCAACCAUAUCAGUUGCAUUAACUAUGAUUUCUAUUCCAUUAUCAAUGAUUUUAUGGAUUGGCAAUAUCUUAUUCCGAAAAUUUUAUGGCGAUAAUAUUAAUGAACUAGAUGAAGGACUCCCGCCUCUCAGAUGGUUUAUAUCCACUUUCAUUCCACUGUUUAUUGCUGUAUGGGGUUAUACCAAACGUAGUUUAAACCUAAGCGGAGCACUAUUAGGUGUAAUUGUUGGUUUUGUAUUGACAUUAAGCAGCUAUGGAUUUCUGGCUUGUUUGCUAACAUUUUUUGUUACAUCUUCCAGAGCAACAAAAUUUCGAAGUAAAUCUAAAAAACAAUUGGAACCUGACUUUAAAGAAGGUGGUCAAAGAAACUGGAUUCAGGUACUGUGUAAUGGAGGCAUGGCUACUCAACUUGCUCUCUUAUACAUUUUAGAUGUUGGAUGUGGUGAACUACCUAUUGAUUUUAAACGUUAUUACCGGCCUUCUUGGUUAUCCAUUGGUAUUCUCGGUGCUUUUUCCAGUUGCAACGGUGAUACUUGGGCCUCAGAAUUAGCAACAGUCUUGGACACAGGCUUACCCAUAUUGAUAACAACUGGUAAACCAGUUCCCAAAGGUACAAACGGAGGUGUGUCGGUCAUUGGAUUGGUUGUAAGUCUAUUGGGUGGCAUGGUUGUCGGAUUAGCAAAUUAUGCAAUGCUUAUUUAUACAAUUGAUGCAGACAUGUUGGCCAGAAGUCCUGCUCAGUGGCCAAUAAUAGUUGCUGGAGGUUUUGCCGGACUAGUUGGUAGUGUUGUAGAUUCACUAUUAGGUGCCACCUUACAAUAUAGUGGUUUUAAUCGAAAAACAGGAACAAUUGUGGAACACCCCGGCAAAGACAUUGUGCACAUAUCUGGGAGAAGAAUAUUGGAUAAUCACAGUGUCAACUUAAUAUCGAGUGUGAUUAUGGGAAUUUUAACCCCAAAAAUUGCAUACUUAGUUUGGCCAUAAACAUAAAUAUGAUCACUUGAGACUUUUAUUUAAUGUGACUAUUUAUUCCAUUCCAAUAGCUAGAUUUAAAUAUUUGUUGGAUAUGUAUAUUGUUUUAUUUUCGUUAGAGUUGGAAGUAGACUGACUGAAAUAUUUUGUUGUAAAUAUUAUAUUGCAAUUUUAUAUACAUAUACUUUUUUAUAUAUAUACACAUAAAUUUUUGUUUUUGUAUUUUUUUCUUUUUAUCCGUAAAAUGUAUAUUUUGUUUAAUUGUUGAAUUAUUGUAAAAUUAUUUUUAUUAUUUGUUUGAUUUGAAUUAAUGCAAAAUAUCAUGGUUAAGGUUAACACAUACAUAUCAAACCCUCAAAUAAGUUGUUACUUAAUUAUUACUAAAUUUAAAUUAAUAUAUUUGAAUAAUAUUACUUAUGUUUGUUUUUGUAAUAUUUUAUGCAUACUUGAAAAUACCUAUGAAAAAAAGUAUAAAAUAGUCAUAAAAGAAGUACAUUGUUAUUAAACUAUAUGAACUAAGUAUAUUAAUACAAUUAGUUUUGUUUGUUACAGCAGUGAAUGGCGUUUAGUCAUUUUUUUUGUAUUAUUAUAUAAGCUAACCAUACGUCUGUGUUAAAUUUUGAAAAAUAUAAAUCAUAUGCAGUUCUAAUAUUAUAUUAUAUUGUUAGCAUUUACUUUCACAACUUGUUAAUAAAACUACCAUUAUCGUC